AUGAGUAAACCUAUACCCUUGCAAGACUAUAAAGAGAAUGAAAAAUUCGAUGAAUUAAAGAGAGGAUUGGAUUCUAAUUUAUAUCCUUUACCCAAAUACAUCAAAAGGAAAUUAAUCCUUAAUUUACUUAUUGAAACCGCAUUAUCAGUAGCUAUCUAUCAUUAUUAUGAUCAGAUAUUGAAAAUUCAUAGACUAUUAGCUCCAACAUUAUUGGGAUGUUCUACCGGCAUGUUGGCUCAAUCCAUAACGCAAUAUCUGAAACAUAAAUUGAAUUACAAUAAGAUUUGUAAAUUUGCAGUUUGGGGAUCAAUUAAUGGUUGUUUUACAGUAUUAUGGUUAGACAUCUUAUUCGUUAGAUUUGACAAUAUGGUUUAUCGAAUUUUAAUUGAUCAAUUAGUGGGGGCUCCUUUAACUCAACUUGUUUUCAAUAUAUUGAAUACUUUAUGGGAUCAUGGAGAAAUUCAUCCUAAUACCAAAGCAGUUUAUAUCAAAUCAUUGAAAUAUUCUUACUGUUUUUGGCCAUUUUUCUCCAUAGCAUCGUUUAUAUUCAUCCCUACACUGUUAUUAUUCCCAGCAAAUUGUUUAGCAAACUUAUUCUGGAGUUUGGUACUUACAAGAUUAGGUUAG